AUGGCGGCGGGUAGUGGCCAGUCCGGUUCGGCGUUAGGCCCAGUCCAACAGGGUCUGAAAGAGGCGCUUAUUGAGACUCUGACGGCGAUCCUGUCCCCCGUGCAAGAAGUGCGCGCGGCUGCGGAGGAGCAGGUCAAAGUGCUGGAAGUGACAGAGGAAUUUGGAGUCCAUCUAGCAGAACUCACCGUCGACACCCAAGGAGCCCUCGCUAUUCGUCAGUUGGCGUCGGUCAUCCUGAAGCAGUAUGUUGAGACCCACUGGUGUUCACAGUCAGAAAAAUUUAGGCCCCCAGAAACUUCAGAUCAGGCUAAAGCAGCUAUUCGAGAGCUGUUACCAGGUGGCCUCCGCGAGUCCAUCAGUAAAGUCCGCUCCAGUGUGGCCUAUGCUGUCUCUGCCAUUGCGCACUGGGAUUGGCCUGAAGCUUGGCCUCAGCUUUUCACUCUGCUCAUGGAGAUGCUGGUCAGUGGAAACAUAAACGCUGUUCACGGAGCCAUGAGGGUCCUCACCGAGUUCACACGAGAAGUCACAGACACACAGAUGCCUUUAGUGGCUCCAGUCAUUUUACCUGAAAUGUACAAGAUUUUUACUAUGGCUGAAGUGUACAGCAUCAGAACGCGUUCAAGAGCAGUGGAAAUUUUUACUACUUGUGCAAACCUCAUUUGUGCAAUCGAGGAACUUGAAAAGGGAGCAGCCAAAGCCUUGAUCUUCCCUGUAGUGCAGCAGUUUACAGUAGCCUUUGUGCAGGCUUUGCAGAUGCCUGAUGGUUCCACGUCAGACAGUGGUCUUAAGAUGGAAGUCCUCAAGGCGGUGACGGCUUUAGUGAAGAACUUUCCCAAACCCAUGGUAUCAUCAAUGCAGCAGAUAUUACCAAUAGUUUGGAAUACCUUGACCGAAAGUGCUGCUUUCUAUGUCAGAACAGAGGUCAACUACACAGAGGAAGUGGACGACCCGGUAGAUUCAGAUGGUGAGGUUUUGGGCUUUGAGAAUCUGGUCUUUAGUAUUUUUGAGUUUGUACACACACUUUUGGAGAACAACAAGUUCAAGAGCACGGUGAAGAAGGCUCUGCCAGAACUGAUCUAUUACAUUAUCCUCUACAUGCAGAUCACUGAAGACCAGAUUAAAGUGUGGACCGCCAACCCGCAACAGUUUGUGGAGGAUGAAGAUGAUGACACCUUUUCUUAUACUGUAAGGAUCUCAGCUCAAGACCUGCUGCUGGCUGUAGCUGCUGAGUUCCAGAACGAAAGUGCGGUUGCUCUGGCGGCGGCAGCAACCAGACACCUGCAGGAGGCAGAGCAGGCAAAAAACGGCGGCAACGAGCACUGGUGGAAGAUCCAUGAAGCCUGUAUGUUGGCCCUGGGCUCAGUUAAAACCAUUAUCACAGAAAACGUGAAAACUGGUCGCAUUCAGUUUGAUAUGCACGGCUUUCUGGCUGGCGUCAUUUUAGCCGAUCUUAACCUCUCUGCAGCUUCUCCCUUCCUCCUCGGCCGUGCUCUGUGGGCGGCCAGUCGCUUCACUGCUGCCAUGUCUCCAGAACUCAUCCAGCAGUUCCUCCAGGCCACAGUGAGCGGCCUCCAUGAGAGCCAAUCCCCAUCUGUGCGCAUCUCUGCAGUCAGAGCCAUCUGGGGAUACUGUGACCAGCUGAAGCUGUCGGAUAGUACUCAGGUGCUGCAGCCCUUCCUGCCCAGUGUCCUGGAUGGCCUGGUGCAGCUGGCCGCUCAGUUCAGUUCCGAAGUGCUCACCCUCGUCAUGGAAACGCUGUGCAUAGUCUGCACUGUGGACCCCGCCUUCACCACGAGUGCAGAGAACAAGAUUUGCCCACUCACUAUUGCCAUCUUUCUAAAAUAUAAUAAUGACCCAGUGGUGGCGUCGUUGGUCACCGAUAUCUUCAAGGAGUUGGCACAGAUUGAAGGAUGUCAAGGUCCAAUGCAAAUGCGCCUCAUCCCCACAUUAAUUAGCAUAAUGCAGGCGCCGUCCGACAAGAUUCCCACUGGGCUUUGUGCUACGUCCAUAGAUAUUCUGACCACAGUGGUGAGGAACAGUAAACCUCCAUUAUCUGAGAUGCUUGUCUGCCAGGCCUUUCCUGUGGUGGCCCAGUGUACUUUGCGCACGGACGAUAACGCUAUAAUGCAGAAUGGCGGGGAGUGUCUUCGUGCCUACGUGUCGGUGGCUCUGGAGCAGAUCGCUCAGUGGAGGGACGAGCAGGGGAACAGUGGACUGUGGUACGUCAUGCAGGUGGUCAACCAGCUGCUGGACCCCCGCACCUCCGAGUUCACCGCUGCUUUUGUGGGCCGCUUGGUGUCCACUCUGAUCUCUCGAGCCGGGACGGAGCUGGGAGAACAGCUCGAUCAAAUCCUCCGGGCGAUUCUGAGCAAAAUGCAACAAGCAGAAACGCUCAGUGUGAUGCAGUCUCUGAUCAUGGUGUUUGCUCACCUGGUCCACUCUCAGCUCGAGCCGCUGCUGGAGUUUUUGUGUAGUUUACCUGGACCCACUGGAAAACCAGCUCUGGAGUUUGUCAUGACAGAGUGGAUGAGCCGGCAGCACCUUUUCUAUGGACAGUACGAAGGAAAAGUCAGCACAGUUGCUUUGUGCAAACUCUUGCAACAUGGUCUGAACGCUGAUGACAAACGACUCCAGGACAUCGUGGUUAAAGGAGAGGAGAUCUAUGCCCCGUGUGAGGGAAUACGUACUCGCUCCAAAUCAGCCAAAAACCCAGAGCGAUGGACCAACAUUCCCUUGCUGGUGAAGAUUUUCAAACUUAUUAUCAACGAGCUGGCAACUGUUGUUGAGUCAAAUGCCAGCAGAGCAAGUGCAGCUGACUGGAGUCAAGACUCGACUGGGAUGUGGGAGGAGGACGAAGAUGAAGGGGACGAUGAUGAAGAGGAUGAUGAAGGCCUCGCGGGACAGCUGCUUUCCGAUAUCAUUGCCUCUAAUAAAUAUGAUGAUGACUUUUAUGAAGAUGAUGAAGAGGAUGAUGCAGACGCUUUAAAAGACCCUAUCAAUCAAAUAGACCUUCAGGCUUACUUAACGGACUUCCUGACACAGUUCGCACAGCAACCUUGUUACAGCAUGUUUUCAGGCCACCUCAACAACAACGAGCGGCAAACCCUGCAGUCAAUCGGACUUUAG